CGAGCAAUUAAGACUUGCCAAAAAUUAUUUUCCGUGUCGCGCUGACAUUUAAAAAUUACAUUCUUCAGCAUAAAUAUACAAUUGCAUAUCUUGCGAAAGUCCAAUUGGGAAAAUCCUGUUUUUUCAUUGCUGUGUGAAACGAAAACUUCAAGAAUAGUAUUGACAGAAUUGUGCACAAGGAAAGGAGAAAUAACUGAACAGAUUGCUUAAUAUAAACGAGAACUCCAGUGUCUUUGCGCGAUUACUUUGUAAGAAAAAUUGCAGUAAAUCGGCAAAAAUUGUUAUUUAAAUGUGUAUAUAGUGAUUACACUUACAAGUUUUGUAAAAAUAAACCUAAUCUAAUAACGAUUGUAUGUCUCUCAGGCAGUAGACAACCAUUUGGAGAAUAAAUCUUCGGUCGAAGAAGUAGAAGCGCUGGAUUCCUAAUAACGCCCAUUGUGAAGCCCUAAAGGUUUUGGAGGUUGUGAGGUUACUAACACCAUUGCAGCUUUUGCAAACUCCACCUUUAAGCGCAUACUAUUAUUAUAAAUUAACUGUUUUCUAAGCACCUGCUUGAAAAGUACAAGUCCAUCCAUAAGCGUGUUGUAUACUUGAGUGAGUGAGUGAACAUUGUUUGUGACAUCGGAGCAUAACUGCAUAUAUUCAUCUAACACAAAAUACGUAAAUAAAUACUAUAUAACUAAAAAUUAACGUACUGAACUCAGGCGAAUUUAAGAGAGCAUUGGUAAGCUAAUAUUAAAGGAGAUGGAUAUCGAAACCGCCCAACAAAACGGCAAUGCGGACUCACGUGAGAGUUCCGUGGAACGUGAGCUCAACGAGGAAGUGCAGGCUGUGGAGCUAAAUGGCUCAUCUGAUUCGGGGAAGAGCUUGAAUGGGCUCAUGAAGAAGCCAUUACCCGUCGGCGAUGGACAUGAUCGCAUCAAACGCAAAGCCAAACGUCUCAUACAGAGACAAAAUAGUCGUGGCGAGACAAAUGGUGCUGCCAGUGCAGCAAUUGCUGCUGCACUCAAUAGCACCACGGGCAGUUAUGUUGUGCCACAUCGUCGCUGGAAGAAUAGUCGUCGUUCACGUAACGGCCACGGACGUGGUUUGCCAAAGAAAGGUGGUGCCGGCGGUAAGGGUGUUUGGGGUUUGCCGGGUUCGGAAGCGCUCGAGGAAGUGUACGAAGAUGAGAAUGAUCCCAACUACGAUAGUGAAUGUAAUGAUAAGAACAUCGAAUUGCGUGAAGUUAUUCCGGAGGUGACACCGGAAGAAUUCUUCAAAUUGGCUGAACCAAUUGUUUUGGAGUAUUAUGAGCACGGCGAUACCCAUGAGGUGGCUGUGAGCUUUGACGAGAUACUUACCGGUCCGCUGCGACCAUAUGUGACAAGCGUUGUGGUUGAGAUCUCAAUGGAUCAUAAGGAUUCGCAGCGUGAAAUGACAUCGGUUUUGAUAUCCGAUUUGUAUGGACGUGUCAUAACCGCCAAGGAUAUCGAGAAAGGUUUUGAAAUUUUACUCGAAAAUUUACCGGACUUGACGUUGGACACUCCGGACGCGCCUACCAUACUAGGCAAUUUCCUUGCACGUGCCGUCGCCGAUGACUGCCUCCCACCCAAAUUCGUCACAAAGCCGACUGAUCUCGAUGCACAAAGUCAACACGCUGCCGCUGCUAUACGACGUGCUGACACCCUACUACACAUGAAACAGGGUUGGGCACAUUUGGACAAUGUAUGGGGCAUGGGUGGGCCACUGCGACCAGUCAAGACCAUCACCAAGGAGAUGACAUUGCUGCUAAAGGAGUAUUUGUCGUCACGCGACAUACAAGAAGCACAUCGUUGUCUUCGCGCACUCGAAGUACCACAUUUCCAUCAUGAAUUGGUGUAUGAAGCCAUUGUCAUGACACUCGAAUCCCUUAGCCAGACCACCGAGGAGGCCAUGUGUGAGCUACUCAAGUCGUUGGAUGAGGCAUGCUUGGUAUUGCCAGCCGGUAUGGAGCAGGGUUUCCUGCGCGUUUUUGACGACAUGGCUGACAUUGUUUUGGAUGUGCCACUUGCAUAUAUAAUAUUGGAUCGCUUCGUAGAGCGUUGCAAUCGUGGAGGUUUUAUAACCGAUAAGAUUUUAAGUAAUAUGCCCUCUAGAGGACGUAAACGUUUUGUCUCCGAAGGAGACGGUGGCCAUAUUAAGCCACAAACUAUUCCAAUUCGUGACUAAAAAGAAACGAAACAAAUUAAUUACAAUUUAAACACACACACAAAAACAACAAACCACAACUAAGUAACAACAACAACAAUCACUUUUUAACCACAAAAUAACUGCAUUCUUUCUACAAAAACAACUGACAAAUGAAAAACCACAACAACCUUAAUCAACAGCAACAAAAAGUAAAACGAAAAAAAGUAGUAUUAUCAACAGCUCUAAACAAAAUUAAAACAACAAAAACAAAUGGAAAUAUAAAUGACACCGACCGUUAAAAAUGAGACGACGAAAUGCAGAAAAAGCCAGAAGUGUGAACUUUAACAUUACAUUUGUACAAUUAUUUUCCUCACCACAAAUUUGUUUGCAUAAAAAACCAACAGCAACAACAACAACAAGGGUGUUACAAAUUUGCAAAGCCUGCGGAGCAGCAAUAAACAACGAGAUAGAAGAGUGCGCGCAAAAAUAUACGGAAUUGCAAAUUCGACAAAUUAUAAAGCAACAACAAUAACUACAUUUUUUGACAGCUUUCAUUGUGCUGCUCCAAUGAAUGUUGUAGGAGUUCUGCUAAAAUUAUUCACCUAAGAACGUUGUAUAAUGUUUGUUGUAGUUGUUGAAACAAUACACAGGCGCAUGGAAAUAGCAAAUAAUCACCAAAAUCGAAUAGCAAACACAAGAGACCGUGAUAAAUACGCUGUGAUGUGACCACGAGCGAAGCACUUCCUCAUCUGCACAGACCACAUACUCACCAACAUCCAGCAGAUCGACAUGAGUCCAUCAAUCACUCUUCUGUAACUAAUUUAAGAGGCAUGUCUGUGAACUGCUUUUUUUUGACUUGAGACACCGAAUGUAAUUUUAAGUUUUCAUGCUAUGAUUUGAAUUCUCGCAAAUUUAUUGUAUAUGUACGUUUGCUGAAGUUUGAGUAAAUAAUUGCUGUAUUUUUUAAUAUAAAAUUUUUGUAAAGAAAAAACAAAGAGAAACGAACGAAAACACUGCAAAUAUUAUGAGUAGAAAUUUGAUAAAAGAAAAAUUGAAAUUUUGUAAU